AUGGGAAACGAAUCUUCUUCGGUGUCUUCGACCAAGGAUGGAUUGACAGACGAGAUAUUCGGCCUCAAGAAACGACGAUAUGCCCCCAAGAACAACAAGAAAAGAGUUCUUCUGGAACAGAAUCAGAGGACGAGUUCCGUUGACAGGUAAGUGAGAGGACGAUUCCUCCAGUUUCUAGUCUCAUUCCCUUUAUGAUGACAGCUCUCUCAUGACCAGCGUUUUAUUUCUAUGGCCAUGGGACACUUAGAUAUCGUAUACUGAAUUAUUUCAAAAUAAUUUUCAUUUCGAUUAAUUAUUGCUUAAGGCGAUGGUUUAUGAUGAUUAAGAGAAGGGGAAUUGUUUACUUUAGGCAGACGGAAUUAGGAAAUGCAAAAACAGAAAGGAACUUGUGGGUAUUCCGUCCCAUUCCCUGGCACUUGUUGGCUUAUGUUACAUUCCGUGUUCUCACACACCUUCACAUCCCUUCUUUUCGGGAUAAGCAUUCCUUCAGGGGUCCCUGCGGCUUUCUGAUCUUGUAUCUCUGUUUAUUGUUUUAUUCAAUCAUCCCAUUUACGUUUUCACACUCCCCGAAAGAAACUUUAUUUGAGGUUGGAGGCCGACUUCUAUGGCCACGGCUUUUUGGCCCACCAACCAAAACUCUUCUUUCUUUAGAGUAAUCACAUUAUCUUUGCACGUUAAAGUUGAAUAGAAAGUGCAUUAUUUGUGGUCGUGGGGAGCAAAGAGUUUGUAAUUUCUAGUGGUAACUGAUAAUAGUAUAGCAUGAGUGGAAUUGAUAUGAAAGUGAUUGUAACAAAUAGCCGUAAUUACAGUGACACCGGCUCUUCCUUUAUUGGUUGUGGGACAGCUGCCAAGGCCGUGCUUCGCAAAACCUCAGCUCAAAAAAGUCACAAGACUUCUGUAGCCGAGGCUGUCACCUCAUCUUCUCCUCCAGAUCCACAAAAUCCAGCUUCACAGUUACUCCGGGUUCCAGAUUUCGAUACUCCAUACAUAGAUCCCAACUCCAGGAAAAUCUCCUGCCAGGAAAUGACCACUUUAUUAGAUCCUGAUGCCAAUGGAGCUGGAGGGAGAAGAAGAAGCCGCUCCCUGUGCACCCAGCAAAUGCAGAAAGACUGUGCGGUAAGUGAUAUAAUAAUUAGAUGACUAUAUGAAGUUAUAUUUAUUUAUUAUAGGCAAUACAAAACUCCCAAACCAGUUCGGGAAGUUCGACGUCAAGAAGAUCCUCCAAUGGAACCUUGCCGACACUCGCGCGGAUAAGGAUUCAGCAUUGCUUUAAGAGGGCAAAGUGAGUAAAACGAUGAUACAUUUUAAUAUUUUCCAAAGAAAGUAGCGUUAACACUUAAAUGUAAUCAAUUUCGUUAUUUUUUACAAUAUCUGCAGGCCCACUAUUGGUUCGUUGAUUUUGAAACGAGCGUGUGCCCUGAGGCCAGAAAUUAAACCUUUUUUGGGAUCCCUGCCGCAAGACCGGGUCGAGGAAUUGGGGUCCAAUCUAUACAACUUUGUCACCGAAUGCGUUAACAACGUUGACAGUGCUGAUACGGUAAGAAUUCCUUCGUUUAAAACAGCCUUCAGAUAACGGAGAUCUCCAAAGACUUUGGGCGAAUCCAUGUGCAAUUGUGUAACUAUGGAUUCCGUCCGGAUUUCUUUUCAAUUAUCGCCGACGCUACCAUUGCUGAAUGCGUCAGACUCGAUGGAGGUGCACACAAAAGAUGCGAGACAUUACUGGCAUGGUCACAAUUAAUGCAGUCCAUGUUCAGCAGUGUCCGAGAUGGUUAUUAUGCCGAGAUACGACAACAAAGGAGGUCGUCCUUGCCCCAACAUCGUCUCCUAUCCAAACAAGGGAGCCAUAAUGUGAGCAUAGACAUCGAAUCAUAA